AUGUCUUCCUCUGCACCCAGUUCUUCCCGUCAAUUCGUCCCCGCCACGCAGGAGGACAGUCGCAGUCCUUGCCCUGCUCUCAAUGCUCUAGCGAACCAUGGCUACCUAGCGCACGACGGCCGCAACCUCACCGCAACACAGCUCAUACACGCCAUCCGCGAGGUCUACCACAUCUCUCUCCCCAUGGCCUCCGUACUCAGCGUCGUGGGCACUCUCGUCUGCGGAAGCGGCUGGAAACUCGACCUCGAAGAUCUCGCGAAACACAAUAAAAUCGAACACGACGGUUCCCUCGCGCACGCCGAUGCCCUCCCCGGCGCGAAAUACGCUCCUUCCUACGUUGACAAGGACCGGCUCCAGCAACUGCUCGAUGCGUCGUCUGACGGUCAGACACUCACAUUCAAUGACCUCGUCAGUCAACGCGCAGCCCGCGACGCCGCACUCUCCAAGCCCCUUGAUGCGAUCCAUCAGGUCAUCACCAGGGGAGAGGUCGCGUUGACAUGUGAAGUUCUGGGCGAUGGAGGAAGGGUGCCGAAGGAGUAUAUCAGGCAAUGGUUUGGCGAGGAAAGGUUGCCGGAUGGUUGGAAGAAACCCGAGGGUCCCGUGGGUUUGAUUGGGACGACGAAGGUAUCGAACAAGGUCGCGACUGUGGCGAAGAUCCUGUCCAAGAGCGAGACCUAG